CUUUUGAGGACAUUCUCGUCGUCCUCGUUUCCUCCGUUGUGUGUGGUUACAUAUAUCCCGGCCACGCUCGCCACACGCGACGAUAUAUAGAUUCAGCCUUUCGCACGGCGACCUCAGCUGCCCCAUUGCUCCAAGACACGGUCCCCUACUUGCUAGCGCCGCUGACGUUGACCGCUGAAGCGCUUUUUUCUUUCCCUCGCGCAGGCCGAAAUAGGGAACUGCCAUAAGCAAUUCUGAUCGCCAUGAGCAAAUCUUCCUCUUCCCAGCCGUCCUCUCCCGAUGUCAAGACCCGUCACACCAUCGAGCCAUACCCUGUACCAAGCAGCAAUCCCGCCAGCCAAUAUACCCUCCUAGAAAAGCUCGGCACGGGAAGCUUCGGUACGGUCUACAAGGCCAUGCAUAACGAGAGCAAGCAGAUCGUCGCUAUAAAGCAGAUCGACUUGGAAGACUCGGACGACGAUAUCUCGGAGAUACAGCAGGAGAUCGCACAGCUCGCCCAGCACGAAUCGGACUAUGUCACACGGUAUUACGGUUCCUUCGUCGUCGCCUACAAGCUCUGGAUCGUCAUGGAAUACCUCGCCGGAGGCUCCUGCCUCGACCUGCUCAAACCCGGCGUAUUCUCCGAAGCCCACAUCGCCGUUAUCUGCCGCGAGCUUCUGCAGGGCCUCGACUACCUGCACGAACAGGGCACGAUCCACCGCGACAUCAAAGCCGCCAACGUCCUCCUCUCCGCCUCCGGGAAGGUCAAGCUCGCAGAUUUUGGAGUCGCCGCGCAGCUCACGAGUACGUUGCGGCACACGUUCGUCGGGACGCCGUUCUGGAUGGCACCGGAGGUGAUACGCCAGGCUGGGUACGACGCUAAGGCGGAUAUGUGGAGUCUGGGGAUCACGGCGAUCGAGAUGGCGAAGGGAGAGCCUCCGUUGGCGGAGUAUCAUCCUAUGCGCGUAUUGUUCUUGAUUCCGAAAGCUAAGCCGCCUGUGCUCGAGGGCGCGUUCUCGCUCGCUUUCAAGGACUUUAUAUCAUUAUGUUUGACGAAGGACCCAAAGUCGCGACCGACGGCGAAGGAGCUCCUUCAACACCGAUUCAUCCGUGGCGCACGCAAGACUUCAUACCUCUCGGAACUCAUCGAGCGAUACCAAGACUACCGCUCUCGUUCUCCCGGCCGUGGUCCCCAAGCGUACCAAGCGACGGCACGGAAUAGUAUGGCAUGGGACGGCACGCUCAACAGCGAAUGGAACUUUGACACUAUACGCUCGGCGGCUGCACCCAUGGGCACGAUCCGAACGAUGGUCAAGGAGCUCACGCCUUCGCAGUUUACUUCGGGGACGAUCCCGGACGAGACGGAUUCGGCGUAUGGGUCUGUGACGAGGGGAAGGUCGGAUAGUUUGGAUACGAGUGCGGCGAUGAAGGGGAGCGAUAUUCCGAGUGUGGUCGGUGGUGCUGGUGGUGGGGCCGGUGGAGCGGGUAUAGGGAUAGGGAUCAAUACCCAGGCGCUGCAUUCGACGAUGGUUAUACGUUCGCCAGUAGAAGAACCAGAUGUCCAGACGCUGCUCGAAGAAGCUGGCGAAGACUCCGGAGAGCCACCCGCUUCGAGUCCACCGACAUCGCCGACGGCAGAAGGACAAGGAAGUCCAGAAUUGGGAGCACCACCUGCAUACGUACGUACGCCGACGAAACGCAACUCGUAUGCCGCGAGGAACGCGGCGGGUGGGACGAUUGUGCGCGAGGCGGACCUUGGGACAGGGGUGGAUACGAUCAGACCGGUGAAGAAGGUGGAUGCGGCGGGGUCGUUGAGGUUGUCGUCGGAGUAUGUGGGGAGUAUUAGGAGAGAGGGGAGUACGAGUACGCCGACGUCGCCUUCUUCGUCGCCUGUUAAGGAGAGGUCGGCGUCGGCGAGGAAGAGGGUGACGGGUGAGGCGGGUAGGGCGGUGGUUGAUGAGGUUGUGUUGCCGACACUGCAGAGGGCAAUUACGGACGACAUGGAUGCUCGUGAGAUCGAGUCUCUUAGUAUGCUGUCGAGAGGUUUCCAAGAGCUUCGGGAGGCCAACCCUGAAAUUGCCUACAACGUGAUCCUCGACAUUCUUUCAGGCAUUAACGAAAACACCGUCGUCCGAAAACACGUCCAAACCUCUCGCUCCCUCUUCCCGCACAAACGUAUCUUUCGCAAGAGCAUGAUGACAAGCCGAGGACUCGUCGUCACCGAGACGCUCGAAGAAGAUGUGGGAGCAGUGGGCGGAGAGCAGCCUCCUGCGUCAGAUACGAGUAGCGCGACGGCCGUGGCGCCUCCGGAUGAUAAAGUCGCGGAUGCGGGCGUGCCGAAGAGGUCACCUAUAGCUGAACUGCUUUAUAUGAGGUGGUUGGAGGGUUUGAAGAUUAAGUGGCCGAGUAUUUUGUGAGGUGGGGUGCCUUCGUCGCUUGCACUCUCGGUCGAUUCCUCCUCCGCCUAUCUACGGUUUCUCUUCUCAGGUUAUAUGUUUUGUCUGCCUUUGUGUUUUUGUUUGUGUUUUGACAUGUUGUUUAAGUUAUCUUGCCGGACUUCGUUUUACUCAUUUUACCCCAUUUACCCAGAUACAUUGCUCGAUCUCCUGUUAAUAUUCCGCUAAGUUACUCACUACACCCCUUCCCAAGCCUUAGCCUUAGCCUCUGCCUCUUCCGUGGUCGUUUCGUUCGCUGUGUUCUUUUGUCUUGUGGUAUUCUGUACUGACUUUGUUUCUUGGGGCGUACGAUAUCGAAUCUAGCCAGUUCGUUGAUAUGGUUGUUGUUGUUCUCUUCCUUCCUUCCUUUCCCUGUCUGUCCCUGUCUGCCCCUGUUCCUUGUCAUCCAUUGACCUAUCUGUCCCUCAAGUUCUUCUCAUCAUCAUCUACCUCGAUAUCUCACGACAUGACCUAUUUACGACACGACCACGGGUGGGCUCUUGCUUCCUCAUUCAUAGGCAUUAUCUAUCUACCUACCCACCUACUUUUGUCAUGUUAACGACCG